GAGUUGACUCGAGCUCAGGAUGGAGAACGAGAAUGCGAACGAUGAGAAAUCGUUGGCGGAGAAACAUGCCGAGAGAAUGAAACGUUUGCGGGAACUGCACGAGAAAAGGAACGAGGCCAGACAGCAAAAUCACAAGGAAGUUAUAGAGGAAGAUAAAAGGAACAAGCUUCCUUCGAACUGGGAAUCGCGUAAAAGGCAAGCCGAAUGGAUCGUUCAGGACGAAGCUGCGAGAAAGGCUGCUCAAGAGAAGGGAGAAGACUACGAGAGAACGAAAUUACUUCACAUCGAUGCGACGGAAGCAGAACGUAUAGCGAGAAAGAAAAAGAAUAGAAAGAAUCCAGAUCCAGGUUUCUCGGACUACGAACAAGCAGCUAUUCGGCAGUACAACAGGCUGGUAAAAAGUAUCAAACCAAACAUGGAUUCGUACGACGAGGCUAAAGAAAAAUUAGGCCCGGCCUUCUACGGAGAUAGAAACACUAUAUUACACGGUCUUCACGAAGAUAAGAAAGAAGCUGUUGACAAAAUGGUGGAAGACUUGGAGAAACAGAUCGCAAAGAGAGAGAGAUACAGUAGAAGAAGAAUGCACAACGACGACGCCGAUAUCGAUUACAUCAACGAACGCAAUGCCAAAUUCAACCAGAAAUUAGAGAGGUUCUAUGGGGAAUAUACGCGCGAAACGAAGCUAAACUUGGAACGGGGUACAGCUAUAUAAUAAGUGAAUAUCGUGCUAAAGGACUUACUACAAAUAUCUUGUAUUUUAAAUAGUAUUUCAAAACUCAUACAAAUAGAAGUCAGACUACUGAUAAGUCGUUGAUUAUUUAGUAAUCAGAAGUGAGAAUGGUACAUUUUGCGGUACGGUGUAUUCCAAUCUUAAACCUGAAUCCAUUGUUAUCGAAAGUCGAGUUAUACAUUGAUCUCUUGAAUAAAACAAAAAAUUGAACUCAA